CAAGAACAUGGUGAAGUCAGUGGAAGACGAUUUGGGUACUCGUUUAGGUUCCCAAAUGAUCUCCGAUGAAAAUUCUUCUGUGGUUAAGACAAAUCAAGCACUACUUACUGGAGAAGGAGAAGCCUCUGUUAAUUCUUCGUGUGAAAGGAAAAAGAAAGAGAUGAAGAAAGAAACUCGUCUUGGUAUCUCUGUAAAGAGAGAUGAAGACUAUGGGAAUUGGUAUUCUGAGGUUUGUAGAUUCGGUGACUUGGUAGAAUACUACGAAUCGGUUAAGGGAAUCUACAUUCUCAAGCCAUCAGCAAUGAAGAUUUGGAAAACUAUACAAAGGUUAUUCGAUGCUGAAAUUGAGAAGAUGAACGUGGAGGAAUACUAUUUCCCAAUAUUUGUACCCGGUAGUGCUCUUGAGAAGGAGAAGAACCAUAUUGAAGGGUUUGCUCCAGAGGUUGCUUGGGUUACAAGAGCUGGUGAUACAGAGUUGGCAACUCCAUUUGCUCUACGUCCAACUAGUGAGACUGUGAUCUAUCCUUUUUUCAGCAAGUGGAUUAGAGGACACAGGGAUCUCCCAUUGAAGGUUUACCAGUGGUGUAAUGUUGUUAGAUGGGAGUCUAGUGACCCUACGCCCUUUAUCAGGAGCCGUGAGUUUCUUUGGCAAGAAGGACACACUGCUUUUGCUACCAAAGAAGAGGCAGACCGAGAGGUGCUUGAUGUUUUGAACAUCUACAGCCGCGUGUAUGAAGAGCUUCUUGCAGUUCCUGUUAUUAAAGGUAUUAAGAGUGAGAACGAAAAGUUUGCUGGUGGACUUUACACCACAAGCAUUGAGGCUUUUAUCCCAAGCACUGGUCGUGGGAUACAAGCUGCAACGUCACAUUCUUUGGGACAAAACUUUGCCAAGAUGUUUGAUGUCACUUUUGAAGAUAAGAAAGGAAAGAGAUCCAUGGUGUGGCAGAAUUCGUGGGGAUUAAGUACCAGAUCGAUUGGAGUAAUGGUUAUGACUCAUGGAGAUGACGAAGGCUUAGUAUUCCCUCCAAGAGUGGCACCUUUUCAAGUUGUUGUGAUCCAGGUUCCCAUCAAAGGUGCUGCUGAUGACCAAGUACUGUGUAAUGCUUGUGAAGCUGUUAAAUCCACCUUGCAAGAGGCUGGAAUCCGUGCUAAAGUAGAUAUCCGCGACAACUAUUCUUGCGGCUGGAAGUAUGCAGAUCAAGAACUAAAGGGUAGUCCUUUGAGAAUUGAAAUUGGACCCAGAGAUUUGGCCAAUGAUCAGGUGAGAAUAGUGAGGCGUGACACUGGAGCUAAGAUGGAUGUCAAGAGAGGGGGCAUGAUUGAACAAGUUAAGGACUUGCUGGAGAAAAUACAGAGAAACCUUUAUGAUGUGGCAAAGAGAAAGGUGGAAGAAUGCACUCAAAAGGUUGAAACUUGGGAUGAAUUUGUGAAAGCUUUGAGCCAAAAGAAACUGAUUCUAGCUCCAUGGUGUGACGAAGUUGAGGUAGAGAAGGAUGUGAAGAAGCGUACUAGAGGUGACGAAACAGGAGGAGGAGGAGCUAAGACUCUGUGUACUCCCCUUGAGCAGCCUGAACUAAGAAAAGACACUCUAUGCUUUGCAUCAGGAAAGCCUGCAAAGAAGUGGAGCUACUGGGGAAAAAGUUACUAAUUAAGCUCUCUUUCUUAUUUUAGUGGACAUAAGCAAAAAUUGGGACUUCAAAUACUGUGGUUUAACAAAGCGUGAACUAUCUAUUUUCAGUAUUGUCUCAGAUGGUUAGUGAAUUGA